UUCAUAUUCGUCAUGAAUAAAGUAAACGAAUUAAUAAAAUUGUCCUGUGUAGUAUACGUUACCUAGUAUACCUGUGAUUACAAAAAAGAAUGUUAUCUUCAGAACUGUUACAUAAGCAAUAAAUAAGAUUUAACACGGUUCUGUUAUUCAUGAAUAAAAAAUUCUAUUAUCAUGGAGAUAUGAAGUUAAGUACUGCAUUGCAGUAUCGGUGGUAUCAGUUUCAGUUUGUCAUCAGUUUGUAUCCAACCUUCUGAGGACCGGAACUAACAUAUAUAUUUAUUGAAAUUUAUACAUAAAUGUUUUCAACGCAAUAGUAUUAUUCGAAAGAUGGGAUCCAUCAAUUGGGGAGAAUUAUUCCCGGGAAGAUGGAGUCCUGUCAUUUUUAUUUCUUAUAUGACUCUUUUUGUAAGCCAAGGUAUUAUUGUAACUUGGUCUCAAAGAGAUGGUCAUUACGAAUACAAUAUUGUUUUAGUAGUAUUAAUGACUGAAGUAUUAAAGUUGAUAGCUUCUGUAAUACUUUAUUGUAAAGACUAUACCUUUGUAAGUUUAUAUCAAGAAAUAAUUAAAAAUAAAACAGUGCUGUUCUUGUAUAUGAUACCAUCAUUUCUGUAUUGCCUAUACAAUAAUUUGGCAUUUAUUAAUUUGGCUGCAUUCGAUCCAACUACAUAUUAUGUUUUGUUGCAGUUCCGUGUUGUUAUGACUGGAAUUAUUUUUCAGGUUGUUUUUAAUAAAAAAUUAUCUUUGAAGCAAUGGAUGCACAGUAAAAACUAA